AAAAUUAGACUUCUCUCUGUAUUUUACUUAUAUUUUGAAAUAAUAAAAUAAGAUUUUUGUUUUGAAAAAAGUCAGUGGCUGGAUUCAUUUAGUAUUUGGUAAGAAAAAAAAAUAAGAGUAAGAAAAAGGCUAAAUUUGUUGUCAAUUAAUAUAAUUACUAAAUAACAAAUCAACAAAAAAAUAAUAGUAAUAAAUAAUAGUAUAGGGGAAAUGAUCUGUAAAGGAUAUGUCCAAGAGCGCGUCACGUGACCCGGCUGUCAAAGAUGGCUCCUUCCUACAGGGUGUGAGAAGAGGGACAGCUGACAAAAGGAGGAUCUUUAUUCAAAGGAAACGGUAGCUAUUCGUGCCCGAAAACCUUCUUGUAGGGAAAACUCCAGGAAAUUAGACUUAAAGGAAGCUGACGGAUGAUGAAGACUGUCAUAGAGAGGAACUGACAGUAAAGACUCUUCUUCACUCCAGACUGUCCGUUCAGAUCAUCUCCGUCCUUCGUGGUCGUCCUCUCCAGAGCCAUGCAGGUCAACCCGGUGUACGUGGAGUCCGCCGUCGUCUUGGCGGCGGUGCUGUGUGUCCACAUGGCCGUGUGGAACCAGCACUCCUGGUGCAGCAUAGCGCUCUUCAUUCAGGCUUUCUACGUCCAGCACAAAUGGGACCGUCUACUCCGGUCGGGGGGCGCCGUGUUCCAGUUUCGUCCGUCGGCGAACAGCGGCAUCGUUCCGGCAUCUAUGGUGAUGCCUCUGCUGGGCCUGGUGCUGAAAGAAAAGUGCUCUGCCUCGGGGAAUGUCUACUUUGAGCGUUUCUCCAUGGUGAUCACCAUCACUGGCAUGAUGCUGGCGCUGUUCCUGUCCCUGAUCGCGAUGGGCGUCACCAGACCUGUGCCUACCAACACCUGUGUGAUCGCAGGACUGGCCGGUAGCGCGAUUCUAUACACGACUAAGCAGACGCUGACAGUCUCUGAGGUAAUCGAGGUUUUGGAGGUGCUGCUGAUCUUCGUUUACCUCUGCUUGAUCGUGCUGUACUUGAUGCCGCGCUGCUUCACGCCGGGGGAGGCGCUCCUCAUCGUUGGGGGCAUCAGCUUCAUCAUGAACCAGCUCAUCAAGCGCUCGCUGAACCUGUCAGAGGUCAAAGGUGAUCCGGUGAACUACUUCCUGCCUGUAGUGGUGGUGGGGUCGGUGCUGCUGGGGGUUUUCUUCGCUCUGCUCUUCUGCUUCAUGGAGUCGGAGACCUGGGUGUCCUCGCUCUUCUUUCACAUCAUGACAGCCGUUCUGGUUUUGGGGAUCCUCAUGCCGUGGCUGUCCCUGUUCAUCGGCCGACACCCCCUCAUGUGGCUCUGGGACUUCGUCAUGUUCAACGACAGAAGACUCUGCCUGGUGGGGUAUUGGGUGUUUCUGGCCAUCGUGGCGACUUGCGUCGUCUUACAUCAGAACUAUCAGCGCCAGUCGGGGUCCAAGAAGCACCAGGCUUCAACCAUCGUCCGGAAGUAUUUCCACCUGAUCGUGGUGGCCACGUACGUGCCAGGGCUCAUAUACGACAGGCAGCUGCUGCACGUGGCGUCCGUGGGCUGCUUGGCGGUGUUCCUGCUCCUGGAGUACGUGCGCUACUUUCGCAUCCGGCCUCUCGGCCAGCUGCUCCGGCAGCUACUCACCUUGUUCCUGGAUGAGCGGGACUCCGGGCCCCUCAUCCUCACCCACGUGUAUUUGCUGAUGGGCAUGUCUCUGCCCAUCUGGCUGUUCCCGUCAACCUGCGCCCCCAAGGGGGUGUUGGCAGGAGCGGGCGGCCUGGUGCCCUACGCGGGGGUGCUGGCCGUGGGAGUCGGAGACACGGUCGCCUCCGUGUUCGGCAGCACCAUGGGAGAAAUCCGCUGGCCCGGGACCAGGAAGACCUUGGAGGGAACGGCAACGUCGGUGUUCGCCCAGAUCAUCGCCGUGGCCGUCUUCCUCAUAUUCGACGGGAGCAUUAACCUGAACUCCACCUACUCAUGGAUUGUUGGCUCCAUCACUCUGGUAGCCAUGUUGGAAGCAUACACCUCCCAGAUAGACAACCUCCUGCUCCCCCUCUACCUCUUCAUUCUGCUGUUGCUUUGAGUGACAGAUGGCACCCCCCACACCUCCCUCCCUCUAUAUUCAGCCUUUAAUUGUAUGGAAAUAAUGUAUUUAUAAAACGGGAGAUUGCUAAAAGCAUAAAGAAAGUGGCACAAACAGGAUUUAUGAGAAGGUGAUGACAGAAAAAUCUAAACACGUCUGUUUUGGAGGAAUUUCAGGGAAAGUUAUGAACAAAUGCGCUUGCUAAAUAUUUGAGCCAAAAAAAUGGCGGUUUAGCUUUCCACAACCUUUAAGUUGAGACAAAAUGUGUGUUCUGGAGCUGCUGGUGUCAGCGAUUGAUCAGUCCUAUAAAAACAAUACAUGCCGAUGUAUUGCCUUUGAAGAACAAAGCUGUCUUGCUGUUUUUUACUCUAAUUUUGCCCCUUCAAUUGCAGUGCUUAACAUAUAUUUGCCUUAAAGAAAUGUAUUUUCUAUCAGCUAUGACUAAAUAUUGUAAAAACUAGAUAGAAGCAUGGCAGCCCUACUCUUUUUAUUAUUUUAUUUUAUUUUUUAUAAGGGCUGACUGUCACAGCACACCUGCAUGACACUAAUGGAGUACUGUAAUCAAUAUGCAGGAAUUUGACACGUUCUUUUACAGUUCCUUUGUUCUAUAUUUGUGUUUUCUAGGGACCUCUUUAAUCCCAACUACAUUUCCUUGUAAAACUGAGCCGUCAAUCAUUUUUUGAUUCUGUACAUACGCUUUUGGGCCAAACCUCCAUUUAUUUUGUAACUUAAUUUUGAAAUCCUUUAAAAUGCUGUAUGGUUGGAUUGAAAUGUUUCAGGGUGAAGAUUAUGCACCUUAUUUUCAACAAUAAUUUAUUUUUUUUUCCUUGUGGUAACAUUUAAGCAUGAUCGCAUGUCAUUUCUGCAGCCGUCCUCGCAUUCUUUUACUAUAAUAAUAUUGCAUGUCAGUGGAGAUAAAAACUGAUGAAACUCCUGAGAAGUGAAUCGUGCGCGACUGUUCCCAAACCUCAGAUCUGUUUUUUUUUAAUUUUUUUUCUUUGGUUUUAAGACUUGAAGAGAAAGUUUCAGUUCUUGUUGAAAAUAUGUAAAACAUUGAGUUUUUAUUUUCUUUUAUUUAUGUCUUAAAAUGAAUAUACUUGAAAACAAAAUUUUACAGUUGUGUGUUUUCACAAAAACAAUCUUACUUGGACAUAAACUUGUAAGUGUGACGUAUGAGUGAUUGAAUAAGGAGAUGCUGAAUAAAAGUGGGAAUCAGUUUCUGGUUGAUGGAUCAGGAAAGUUGAA